AUGGCUGGCGCGAAGGACGACUGGCCGGCGAUCGGCAUCGACCUCGGGACGACCUACUCCUGCGUGGCCGUGUGGCGGCCGUCGCACAACCGUGUCGAGGUCAUCCCCAACGACCAGGGCAACCUCACCACGCCGUCCUGCGUUGCCUUCACCGACACCUGCCGUCUCAUCGGCGACUCGGCCAUGAACCAGGCCGCAAUGAACUCCGUCAACACCGUCUUCGACGCAAAGCGACUUAUUGGCCGGCGAUUCAGUGGCACGUCCGUACAAAGUGAUAUCAAGCUAUGGCCUUUCAAAGUCAUUCAAGGUCCUGGUGACCGGUCGAUGAUCGUGGUGCAGUACAGGGGGUUGGAGAAGCAGUUCGUUGCUGCAGAGAUCUCCUGCAUGUUGCUGAUGAAGAUGCGUGAGGUGGCCGAGGCCUACCUAGGCACGGUGGUGAAGAACGCCGUCAUCACUGUCCCGGUCUACUUCAAUGACUCCCAGCGCCAGGCUACCCUUGACGCCGGCACCAUUGCUGGCCUCAACGUCAUGCGCAUCAUCAACGAGCCCUCAGCUGCAGUCAUCGCUUAUGGUCUUGACAGGACGUCCAGCAGCAGUGAAGUGAAGACGGUGCUCAUAUUUGAUCUUGGCGGCGGUACCUUGGAUAUCUCGGUUAUCAAUAUUGACAAGGGAAUCUUUACGGUCAAGGCCACUGCUGGUGACACCCACCUUGGUGGGGAGGAUCUUAACAGCCAGAUGGUGCAGCACUUCGUGCAGGAUAUUCUUAGGAGACACAAGAGUGACAUCAGAAGCAACCCGAGGGCGCUCAUGCGGCUGAGGAUGGCUUGCGAGAGGGCAAAGAGGAUGCUAACUUCCACAGUGCAGGCCAAAAUUGAGAUUGACUCGCUCCACGAUGGCAUUGACUUUUAUGGGACCAUCACUCGUGCCCGGUUUGAGGAGCUCAACAUGGGCCUCUUUCGCAAGUGCAUUGAGCACGUCGAGAAGUGCCUCAUCGAUGCCAAGGUGGAGAAGUCUCAAAUCCACGAUGUCGUGCUUGUGGGAGGCUCCACCAGGAUCCCCAAGAUUCAGCAGCUGCUUAAUGAUUUCUUCAACGGGAAGAAAUUAUGCAAGAGCAUCAACCCUGACGAGGCUGUCGCCAUUGGUGCUGCUGUACAGGCCGCCACCCUCAGCGGCGAGGGAAACCAGAAGGUGCAGGACUUGAUCCUUCUUGUUCACACCACUCUCGCUCGGGGUAGAGAUAGUAAGUGGUAUCAUGGGUGA